AUGCCAGCUGCCUCUGCGUCCCCGCCACGCAAGCGUCAGCGCCUCGUCGAGCCGUCCGAUGCCGUCAGCCCCCGCCAAAACCCUCAUCGCGUGCAUCGCCUCUCGGCCGUCCUGCACCCGCCCUGGGCACCAGGAGAGUGCGCGCGCGUUCUCACGCGCACACAGCAAGCUGGAGUGCAGGCUCUCGUCGUCACCGUCGACCGCCCACUCGUCCUCGGCCGGUCCUCCCGCGCCGACUACCAGCUCGCUUCGCCGCUCGCCUCGUCGUUCCACGCCCGCCUCGCCGCGACCGUGAGCGACACCGGGCACACCCUCAUCACUCUAGCCGACGCCUCGACCAACGGCACGCUCGUCAACGGUCGCCGCGUCUUUCACAGCUCGCUCGUCCUGUGUGACGGCGACCGCUUCGAGAUCGGCGGCCAGCUGUUCCGCUACGUCCACACGGCGCCACCACCUCCCGCUCCUGCACCAUCCGCCGUCGACUCGAGUACCGCCGCCGCCGCGCCGCGCAAGGUCGGCCACUACCUCGUCUAUCCUCGCACCCUCGGCAGCGGCGGCUUCUCGUCCGUCCACCUCGCCCUCGACACGCGCUCGCUCGUCCAGGUCGCCUGCAAGCGUCUCCCGCGAGCCCGGGUCGGCAAGGACCGCCUCGAGAUCAUCCGGCGCGAGGUCGACAUGCUCAAGCGGGCGUCCCACCCGAACAUCAACCGCAUCGAGGCCGUCGAGGUCAACGACGAGGCCGUACACAUCUUCCUCGAGCUCGUUACCGGCGGCGACCUGUUCACGUACCUGAUCAAGCACACUCGGCUCGACGCGCCCGAGGCCAAGUGGAUCCUGUACCAGCUCCUCCUCGCCCUCGAGUACCUGCACGACGAGCUCGACAUUGCGCACCGCGACGUCAAGCUCGAGAACGUCGUCCUCGCGUUCACGUGCCCCGGCACCGGCGGCAGGUUCCCCAAGGCUCAGCUCGCCGACUUUGGGCAGGCCAAGGAGGCGGGCACGAGGUUCAAGUCGCUGCAAGGAACGCUGCAGUACAUGGCGCCCGAGCAGCUCGUCGCGUGGACGAGGCACGAGGGCUACGACGGCAAGCUGGCAGAUAUGUGGGCCCUCGGUAUCCUCCUCGCCCACCUCCUGACGGGCUCGCACCCGUUCGAGCCCUUCCCCUCCUCGUCCAGCUCCGACCUCGCGAGCGCCACGUCAGCAGCAGCAGACGACCUCGGCGCGUCGGUCGCCCACGAGCUCGCCGCCAAUCCGGCCGACAAGGACGUCGUGCGAGCUGUCGUGAGGGGCGCGGUCGAGCUUCCCGAGGGUCGGUGGGGCAGCGAGGACGGGGCAGUGCGCGCUCUCCUUUCGUCUCUCCUCGCGCACGACCCGAACGAGCGAGCGACCGCCGCUCAGGCCCUCGCGAGCCCGUGGAUCGCGAGCAGCCGCGCCGAGCUCGACGAGCUGUGGAGGAGGAUCGUGCAGCCUGUGCGUCGAGCCGAAUGA